GAUUUUAGGUGCUGUAUAUUCUUCCUAUUGAUUUCUUACGCUUAUCAGCAUACAUUUCUUCUCCCAACAAGGCAUAGUAUUUUGAAAUGCUUCAUCACAUACCUGCCACCAUCUAGUUCCUACUCUUACCCUGUUCCUUCUGCUUCAUGUAGAUAUCAUACAGAAUUUUAGUCAUGGUUUGUCCUAGAUAUAAUUUCUCCUCUUUUCUUUGGUUGUUGCUUUUUUUAGACUAUAAUGAACUUGAACAUUUGGCAAAUGUUUUAUGUCUUUGUGCCCUAGUUUUCUUAUUUAUAAAGUGAAAAUAAUUCCACCUUCCUCACAUGGCUUUUUGUGGGAGGUAAAUGUGGCAGUGUGAGUGAGAAUCCUUGAUAACAUGUGAAUAAUUAUGUGAGAGGUGAUUAUCAGUCAAAAAUUACCUUUAAUUCCAAUGCCCGCCCAUUUCUACUUCACUCAAGUACUCUUUUCAAUCUCCUUUUCAGAAUUCGUAUUUCCUUUUCUUUACCCUGUAGUCCUUUGUGCUUUUAUGAUUAAAAGAAGUCUGUGUGUGCUCCCAAGCCCAGAGCUGCUGGUAGGCUCCAGCAAGGGAGAUGCUGUGCGGCCUGUUUCACCAGGUUUAGCACAGUAAGCUGGGAAAACCCAAGGGAAAAAGCCUUUGGGAUGUCGAUGAGUGUGGAAGGUAGGGUGUCAUUGGAGCUAUCACUGUGCAGCAAAAGAAGGGAACCGUGAAGGUGGAGGAUAUAGCAUUUCCUUCUUUAACAAAAGCAGGCUUGGUGUGGGAACAGUGGGUCCCAUAAUGUAAUGAAAACUAUUUUCAGAUACUAUUGAAAUUAAAAUAUAUUAUUGCAGUGUAUGGCUUAAUGUAAUGGUAACUUUAUUUCUUACCAGGCUCAUAUUGGCAACUUACUAACAUCAAAAUUCUUUAGUUAUAAGGAUUUUGAUACUUUAUUGUAUACCUGUGCAGCGGAGUUUGACUUUAUGGAAAAAGAGACUCCACUGAGAUACACAAAGACAUUAUUGCUUCCAGUUGUUCUUGUAGUGUUUGUUGCUAUUGUUAGAAAGAUUAUUAGUGAUAUGUGGGCUGUCUUAGCUAAACAACAGACACACAUAAGAAAACACCAGUUUGAUCAUGGAGAGCUGGUUUACCAUGCAUUGCGAUUGUUAGCAUAUACAGCCCUUGGUAUUUUAAUUAUGAGACUAAAACUCUUCUUGAUACCACACAUGUGUGUUAUGGCAUCACUGAUCUGCUCAAGACAGCUAUUUGGAUGGCUCUUUUGCAAAGUACAUCCUGGUGCUGUUGUUUUUGCUAUAUUAGCAGCAAUGUCAAUACAAGGUUCAGCAAAUCUGCAAACCCAGUGGAAUACUGUAGGGGAGUUCAGCAAUUUGCCACAAGAAGAACUUAUAGAAUGGAUCAAAUAUAGUACUAAACCAGGUUAAAAAAAAAAGUCAUAUUAUUUAACUGUUUUUCCCACAAUUUUAUAUACCACUGCAAACUCCAAACUCUUAAACCCUAGUUACUUCCACUGAUCUUACUCCUUCUAAGCAAUGUUGCUUUUAGAAUAUCUAAAACAAAGGAGAUAUCAAUCCUGUUUAAAUGGUUUGCAUGGGAAAUGUUAUACAUAUGUUCUUAGUAAUUUAUUCUGCCACUUUUUACAGAUUUUAAUUUUUUCAAAAUUUAUUCACAGUCAUAAAUGCCAAAUUUAAAAUAAUUUUACUGUGCUUAUUUUCUUAAUGAAUUUUUAAUAUUAGUCCUUCACAUUCCUUCUUGAAAUAAACUCAUGGAAUGUGGUAUUUUAUUCAUGUGUGGAAAGGGAGACUUCGUUGUCAUCUGAGUAUCAAAUGAUUGAAUACUAAAUCAUCUUCCAGAACUCCUUGUUACU